CGCAUGCGCGAGAAGAACACCGCCAUUUCCGCAGUAUUCCGUUGGACUUGUUUUCGUCAACGUUCGGUUGGCCAUAUCUGUUUUUUUUUCUUUAAAAAUCUUUCAGUUUCGAUGCACGAGUGAAUUUCAGUAGUGCAUGUUGUUCAAAGGGCUGCUAGGUCUAGUUAUCAGCAAGUAAAUUUUUAUUUCACUGAUCAGUAAUUCUAUUGAGUCAUGAUGGCAUCAAGUGGACCUCUAUCUGCUAGCUUUCCAAUGCAAGGAACUCUUCCAAAACUGGCACAGGAAACAGAAUUACAGAAGAUGUUGACAGACGAGAGAAUGAGAUGUGAAAUGCAUAAAACUAACUAUCAAACAUUGAAAGCAGAACAUCAAAGAUUACAGGAUGAGUUACAGAGAGUCCAGUCAAACCUUGAUAGACAGACAGAAGAGAGUAGAAUGAUGGAGGAGAGAUGCCAAACAUUAGUAUCAAGAGCCAGGAAAGAAUUAUCAGAGAAGACAGCAGAAGUAGAGGAAUUUAAAACACAGGUUGUAACACCACAGAAGAUGGAGCUAAUGAGACUUAAGAUUGCAGACGAACUUGAACACCCAUACAGAGAAAGACUUGGCAGAAUGGAUUCUGAAGUGGAGAAGUACAGAAGUGAUUUCAACAAGCUGAGAUAUGAAUACUCAUUUUUGAAGCAGGAGUAUGAACAUGAAAAAGCAGAAGCAAAAAGGAUGAUGGAUGAAAUGAAGAUUCAGUAUGAAACUGAGGAUGCACAAAGAAACAGGGUGCUGCAGCGUGAGAAUGCCCAACUCCAUUUAAAAAUUAAAGGUCUUCUUACUGAGUUGGAAGAAAUUCGAGCACAGAGAGAACAGGCUGGAUUGCAGUCAGAUCACAUAGCUAGAAUGCAGUCAAAACAGCUAUCUGAAAAUGCUGCCAUGGUCAAAACAUUAGAAGCUGAAAAGGAAUCAUUGAAAUUGCAUGUAGAUCAGUUGCAACAAGAGCUCAGUACUGCACUUGACAUGCAGAAAACACUGAACACUAGGGCACAUGACUUAGAAAGGGAUAAAACAUCUUUAAAAAGCCAACUAGAAGAAAUCACCCAUAGAGGAAAAAUUGACAUGACUAACAUGAAAAUGGAUCUUGUGAAAAGUAAAGGGGAAUUGGAAAGGCAACGGGAUACACUGGCACAUGAAUUAGAAGGCUAUAGAACAAAAGUGGAAGUACUUCAAUACUCGUUGGACACGCAGACAACCACUUUGGCAGAAAAAGAAAAGGAAAUGGUACGCAAGGUUCAGUCUGUGAGGGAAGAAGAAUGGGAAAAGAUUAACAAACUGGAAAAUGAAAAGCUUGAAUUAGAAGCCAAGUUGCAAGAAAUUGAGAGAAGAAAAGUUGAAGAAGAGUCUAGAAAGGCAGAUGAAAAAGAGAGGAUAGAGGACAGAAUUAAGGAUGCUGAAACUAGGAGAGAAGAAUCCGAAAAGGAGUGCCUUGUUCUGAGAACAAAGCUUGAGCAGAGAAGCUCAUUAAAUGAUCAGCUACAUCAUGAAACACAGCAAAAUACUGAUCUCAGGGAAAAACUGCAUCAAAUCAGAACAGAACUUCAAAGUCUGCAAGGUGUGGAACAAGAACUAUCAUCAGAGAAUGAGAAACUAAACAAUAAAGUUGAGCUUUUGGGCAAUGAGCUCAACAUGGCUGUUGCCGAGAUUGAGAAAGCAGAAGAAGCAAACCAUAGGCAGUUGGAUCAACAGAGAGUUGGAUUCAUUGAUGAAAAGCAACAGUUACAAAAACGUAUUGACGAGAUGGAGCAGCAUAUAUCAGAGAUACAUGGCAGGAUGGAUAGAAUGACAAGUACACAUAAAAAGAAAAAGAAGCAAUAUAUAAAGAUUGUGAAACGUGUUAAAGAAAAGUUACAGAUAUCUAAUGCCAAACUGGAAGAGUUGGAAAUUCAAAAACAAGCAUUGAAAAAAAAUGUACCGCAAGAAACGUAUGUAAAAUUGAAACGUCAGUUGCGGGAUAUGUACCAGCGUCAUCAAGAAUACCGUCAUCUCAUACUCAACGGUGCAGUUGGUGAAUUCAGUUUUACACAAGCAGCAAUGCCUCUGGGUCAAUCCACUGGGCCUUGGUCAAGUCUUAUAGAACCGGAAAACCAACAUCAGCAGGAUUUGGCAGCAUUGCGAGAAAGACUGGAUAACUUAGAUGGCAAUCAGCGAUUACAACUUGAUGAGUUAAUUGGUAACAUGGAACCAUCUAAGCUUUAUGAUAAUGAUAAAGAAAACGCAUCCAGUGUUGACGGAAAACACACUGAUAAUGAAAAUCUUUGAUUCUUCUAUAAAUUAAAGUUGUUUAAAAAUAACAAUGGAAUAAAGGAUAUGAAACAAA